AUGAAUAGUCUACCCUUUGGAUCACUUCCUGCUUGUAUAAAAUUAUCUUAUUUAACAAUGACCGAAAGAAUCAACGUCAACGGCAAGAUUGCCCAAGUGGAGCAAGUUGUCACUGCUGCCUUGCGACCCUUGCCCACGCAGACUGGUGAUGGCAGCUAUGUCCAGACCCCGAAUGUGACCGGCCUUGCUAAGGAUCUGCUCCAUUUUGAUCUGAAGGAUGCCAAAACAUUGGCUGAGGUUGCGAAAACCGCCGUGACCGGCGAGGCCAUGAACGACAGAGACUAUAUUAUGGAGCGUGUGAUUCAGCUUGCUGCUGGCCUGCCAUCGACAUCGCGGAAUGGCAAGGAGUUGACCAACACUUUCCUCGGUCAAUUAUGGGGUGACCUGGAGCACCCGCCUGUCUCCUACCUUGGACGUGAUGCAGCGUAUCGGAAGGCUGAUGGAUCAGGAAAUAACUACUUCUGGCCUCAAAUUGGAGCUGCUAGUACUCCGUAUGCACGAUCUGUCCGACCGAAGACUAUGCAGUCUGCUUCUCUCCCAGAACCAGAGGCUCUGUUUGAUAGUCUCUUGGCUCGGAAGGAAUUCAAGGAGCACCCGAACAAGAUCUCGAGUGUGCUGUUCUACCUUGCUUCCAUUAUCAUUCAUGAUUUGUUCCAGACGGAUCCCCGCGAUCAAACAAAAUCAUUGACUUCUUCAUAUUUGGAUCUGUCUCCUCUUUAUGGAAACAAUCAGAAGGAGCAGGAUUCAGUGAGAACUUUCAAAGAAGGAAAGCUCAAGCCCGACUGUUUCUCUACCAAGCGAAUUCUAGGCUUCCCUCCAGGUGUCGGUGUCCUCCUUAUCAUGUUCAAUCGUUUCCACAACUCCAUUGUCACACAGUUGGCAGCUAUUAACGAAUGCGGCCGCUUCACAAAGCCAGAUGAGGCCAACGCUGAGGCCUAUGCCACCUGGGAUAAUGAUCUCUUCCAGACUGCGCGACUGGUCACUUGUGGUCUUUAUGUCAAUAUCAUUCUGAAGGACUACGUCCGCACAAUCCUGAAUGUCAACCGAACCGACAGCACAUGGAGCUUGGAUCCGCGCGCAGAAAUCAAGGACAGCUUGCUUGGAGAAGCUCCCGCACAAGCGACUGGAAACCAGUCAUCAGCCGAGUUCAAUCUUGUUUACCGCUGGCACUCUUGUGUCUCGGCCAGAGACGAAAAAUGGUCGCAAGACCUGUACCAAGAGUUGUUUGCUGGACAAGAUUCAGGUCAGAUCAAUCUUCAACAGUUCAUGCGGGGUCUUGGUCAGUGGGAGGCAAAACUUCCAGCAGACCCCCAAGAACGUCCUUUCGCCAAGCUUCAACGCCAAGCGGAUGGUAGAUUCGAUGACAAUGAUCUGGUGAAAAUCUUCCAAGAGAGUGUUGAAGACCCUGCUGGCGCUUUCGGUGCCUUGAAUGUACCAGACGUGUUUAAAAAUAUCGAGGUGCUUGGCAUUAAGCAGGCACGUUCUUGGAAUCUGGCCACCCUGAACGAAUUCCGCCAGUAUUUCAACUUGGCUCCUUAUCAAACCUUUGAGGAAAUUAACCCGGAUCCAUACAUCGCCAAUCAGUUGAAGCACUUCUAUGACCACCCAGAUCUCGUCGAGCUAUACCCUGGUCUUAUCGUCGAAGAGGCAAAGCAACCCAUGACCCCUGGCAGUGGUCUUUGCACCAACUUCACAACCUCCAGGGCCAUUCUUUCGGAUGCAGUCGCCUUGGUUCGUGGCGAUCGCUUCUAUACUGUUGACUUCACACCGAAGCAUCUCACCAACUGGGCCUUCAAUGAGAUUAACAACGAUGUAUCUAUUGACGGCGGUCAAGUUUUCUACAAACUGGCUUUGAAGGCUUUCCCCAAUCAUUUCCGGGGUGAUUCGGUUUAUGCCCACUUGCCCAUGGUUGUGCCUGAUGAGAACAAAAAGAUCCUGACAAGCCUUGGCCAUGUCAAGACUUACAGUUUCGACCGUCCCUUCUACACAGCUCCUCCUCUCUUCAUCAACUCCCACACUGCCUGCGCAGCCAUACUCAAAGACCAGGCCAACUUCAAGGUGCUCUGGGGCGAGAAAAUUCAAUUCUUGAUGGAAAACAGCGGACGUCCUUAUGGCCGUGACUUUGCUCUAUCGGGUGAUCUUCCUGCCAACGCAGGUUCCCGGAAAAUGAUCGGUGCUGCUCUGCACCGCGAUAAGUGGGAGUCCGAAGUGAAAGCCUUCUAUGAAGACAUUACACUGAAACUGCUCGAGCGAAACUCGUAUAAGGUCGCAGGUGUCAACCAAGUUGACAUCGUUCGCGAUAUCGCCAAUCUCGCUCAAGUGCACUUCUGCGCAAGCGUCUUUUCUCUGUCUCUGAAGACAGACUCAAACCCACGAGGGGUUUUUAGCGAGCAAGAGUUGUAUCAGAUUCUUGCUGUGAUCUUCGCUUGCAUCUUCUAUGAUGUUGAUGUGUCGAAAUCUUUCCAAUUAUGCCAGACAGCUCGCAAGGUUGCCCAAUCUUUGGGUGAGCUGACAUUAGCCAACGUUGAGCUUGUCUCUAAGUCUGGGUUUAUUGCCAAUAUUGUGAACCGCCUUCAUCGACAUGACAUUCUGAGUGACUAUGGUGUCCACAUGAUUCAACGCUUGCUCGAUAGCGGGUUGCCGGUCAAGGAUGUCGUUUGGUCCCACAUUCUCCCCACAGCCGGUGCAUUAGUCGCCAACCAGGGUCAACUCUUCUCCCAAUGUCUUGACUACUAUCUUUCGGAAGAGGCGGCGGAGCAUCUAGUCGAGAUCCAACGGUUGUCUAGGGAGGACACUCCUGAAGCAGAUGAGCUUCUAGUUCGAUACUUCAUGGAAGGAGCGAGACUCCGAUGCUCUGUGGCUCUCCCACGAUUUGUCACUAAGCCAACCGUCAUUGAAGAUAACGGCGAGAAGGUCGCUCUGAAGGCUGGCCAGGAGAUCAUCUGCAAUUUGGUUGUCGCUGGAAGGGAUACCGUUGCAUUCCCCGACCCCGACAAGGUCCGCCUUGACCGUGAUAUGGACCUAUACACACACUUUGGCUUUGGUCCUCAUCAAUGCCUAGGUGUCAAGAUGUGUCCCAUUGCACUAUCAACUAUGCUCAAGGUCCUUGGACGGUUGGAUAACGUGCGUCGUGCCCCUGGUCCCCAGGGCCAGCUGAAGACGCUUCAUGGAUUGGGAGGCAUCGCCAUGUACAUGGACGCCAAUCACAGCAGCUUCUCUCCUUUCCCCAUGACGAUGAAGAUUCAAUGGGAUGGUGAUCUGCCACCAAGACGGGAGAAGUGA